AGAAGCAGCGCUGCAUUACAUAAUCCCUCACUGAUGGUGUAACCGUUCAGUUCAUCCUGUCGUACAGCUUCAACAAAACCCUGCGGUACACAACACAUUAUUCAUGGGUCUGAACAGGAUCUGGAUCAGUGUGGGUUAUGCCACAUUCGGCAUGUUGGUUGGCUCUUCGGCGUUUAUCGUGUGGAAUGUGGUUUAUAAACAACCCUGGACCGCCGCAAUGGGCGGAUUAUCCGGGGUUCUGGCACUUUGGGCUUUGGUCACCCACAUCAUGUACAUUCAGGACUAUUGGCGUACCUGGUUAAAGGGACUAAAGUUCUUCAUGUUUGUUAGUUUAGUAUUUUCUCUUCUGGCUGUUGCUGCCUUUGCCACAUUCAUAACUCUUGCCAUUGUAGAAAAACAAGCAUUGUCCAACCCCAAGAGCUUCUACCUGUCGGCGGUGUGGAGUUUCAUGACCCUUAAAUGGGCUUUCCUGCUGGGCUUGUACUCGUAUCGGUACCGCCAAGAGUUUGCUGACAUCAGCAUCCUCAGUGACUUUUGAUAACCUCCUCCUUCAGGAGAUGAAUGAAUUUGUUGUUUCUAGUUGGUGGCUUCACCUGCUAGUAUGGAGACGGAAGGAUGAACGUGCGCCCGUUUUAAUACCUUGCAAUGGCCUCCUUGUUUUUACAAAGCUCAGUCCCACCUUCCCUCAGAUCCAUACCCUGGAAUAAGAUUUGUGGGAUGCUACAAGUAUAGCCACAGGUAGUUGUUACUUGACUCAGGGCAACGUGUGUUUUUCUAAGUCAGAUGUGAAAUGAGGGCUCGGGUUAAUAGGUGGAUAGCAGCAGAUUUACAAAGCUGUUUCUACAGGGGUCUAAACCAGAGAUGAAGGAAUGUAGGAUAGUGUCAAUUUUAGCAUCUUUUUUUGUCUAUACAGUGUUUUGUAGAUAUUUUCAGUGUUCAUUUUUGUUUAUGACUUUUAUUUAUGGCUCUAUUUGAAAUUGCAUACUUGUAUACUUUUACUUUUUCUAAAGUAUGUGUGCAGUGAAUAGAGUACUUGGAUCACCAACUAAAUAAGACUGAAUCUGGUAUACAGCUGAGCACACUGAAUGUGUGGAUUUUUUGUAUCCCACAAUGCAUUGCACUCGACCUUACAUUUCAUGUGAUGAAAUGACCAUAAGUUAUUUUUAACAUCUUGAUCAGGGUACUAAUAUUUAAAAAAAUCUGAAUUUAAUAUACGUAUUUAUUAUUAUUUUCUGUGCUGAACACCACUUGAUGAACUAAAUGUGUAAUGCAGUGAAGUCACACUAAUCUUUAAAAUGUGUCCCAACAUCUUUAACAAUUCUUGGAAACAGAAUACAGUGUAUAGUAAAAAAAAAACACAUUAUUCUGUUUUAAACAUAGGCUGUUACAUUAUAGUAGUAGUGCAGUUCCUUUAUUUGCCACUGGGGGAGCGAUUGGUCCAUUUAAAUAACAUCCACCUUGGUGCUCAGUCAUCUGUGAUUUAAAAAGUACUCAGUAAGUUACAUAAAAUGACAGAAUUCAUCAUAAAUAAUACUAAAUAUUUUAAAAUUUUACUUUUGAUUUCUUCUUGUGUUUAUUCUGCCAGAACAGCAAAGUGCGUGCUUGUUUGUUUUUUUUUUUGUCUAUCUGCUUGUACACAUUGUUUACUAAGGAUGUUAUGUGUGUAUUGAUGGUCCAUAAAGGUUUUUGAGCCAAAAAGUGAAUCAACAGAUUACAUUGUUUGCACUAGAUUGAUUCUAAAUGUUAAAUGUUUUGUUGGUGGAAAUGAGAAGAAAUGUGAAGGUCUCCUUUUACUUGCAACAUUUCACUCUUUAGCAUGUGUUUAAUAAACCAGUUUGUUACACACAUUAAACCAGUUAACACAAAAUCUCUGUUACAGUCAUACCAUAUGGAGUUUUAAAAUUUGCACCGUACUGUAUGUAACAUUGAGAUAUUUCGAUGAGAUUAAAGUACUGCUGUUUUAAUCCACAAA